AUGGCCCAGCCAGCCACCACCGCAGCCACCAAUACUAGUACCACUAAGCCCACCAUCGUCCUCACCCACGGCAUCUGGCACUCGCCACUCACAUACAGCAAAUUCACCAGCGCGCUCCGAGCCGCGGGCUACGAUGUCCACGUCCCCUUCCUGCCCUCCUGCACCGGGGCGCGUCCCCCCAAGGCCAGUCUCCCCGAGGACACGCAACUGGUGCGGCGGCUCGUCGAGAUGCUGUGCGACCAGGGCCGCACCGUCAUCAUGGUCAUGCACUCCUACGGCGGGGUGGUGGGCUGCAACGCGCUGAAGGGGCUGGGCGCCAAAAAGGGCGGCGGCGUCGCCCAUCUCGUCGCCGUGGCCGCGCACCUCCACCCCGUCGGCUUCGGCAUCCUCGACCUGGUGCGCGAGAUGGGCAACAAGGACCUCAUCCCCGUCGCCUUCGACAUCGCGCCCGACGGCAGCUGCAUGUCCAAGAACGUGCGCGCGUCGCUGUUCAACGACCUGGCCAACGAGGCCGAGGCCAACGCCCUCAUGCGCACCCUGUCGCGCGCCAACCUGGACUGCAUGGAGGCCAAGGUGCAGUUUGAGGCCUGGAAGCACAUUCCCCUCACCUAUGUGCAUACCACGGCCGACAUGACUCUGCCGCCGCAUUAUCAGAAGCGCAUCUUGGAGAAGAUGGAGAAGGCGAAGGUCAAGGCGAAGGUGGUGGAGAUGGAUUCGGGGCACUCACCCUAUGUGACCAAGACGGACGAGCUGGUUGCGCUUGUUGAGAAGGUGGCCGCGCAUCCAUAG